CGUCCUGAACGAAACCGGGAGUCUGGGAGAGUCACGAGAUGGAAGGAGCCUGAGAGGGAGAUCACUGGGCCCCAGCCGUGCGUUUUGCAGGAGAGCAACCUCAAGUCCAGAUAGAAGAAGUGACUUGCCCAAGGUCACACAGCAAGUAGCAGAGGAUCAAAAUGACCACAGCCGCCCCCACAGGGACAACCCCCUUCUUCUCGCUGAAUGUGACCACCAAGGAAGAAGACUCUCUGUAUAAAAGUUCUGGAGCCAUCGUCGCUGGUGUUGUGGUGGUUGUCGUCAUCAUCCUCACCAUGGUUCUGUUCUUGCUGAAGAGGUACAACAGCUCUCGCCAUGAUGCCGGAAACUUCGGUUCCUCCCCGUACGCCAGUGGUGCCCAGCAAGGUGCUACCCCUGUGAUAGAGCUCAAAGAGAUUGAACCUGAGAAAAUGAGGGCCAAGCGGGAGCUGGAGCCCAAGGGCGCCAAGCCGGCCUCCUCUUUUGCCCAGGGCCCAAAGAGAAGCGGCAAGCACUCUGCAUCUGUGACCUUCAGCCCUGUUGAUGUCCAAAUGAAGAUUCGGUAACUGGCCCACCCUGGUGCUGUCUUGGCCACAGAAGAGCCUUCUGUAGUCCAGACCUAGAAGCACAUUUCUCCUUUGACAGCUUCACUAUGAGUUUCUUCCAGUCGGGUCAACAGGGCAUCUCCUGCAACCCCUGAUGCUUCAGGCAACCCCAACCCCAGCCUGCCCCGCCCCGCCCCGCCCCCACUACGUCUGUAUCUGUACUGCCACCUCACCAAAAAACCGCAGAGCGCUCUGUUGUCAUCUGAGGAGGUGGGGCUAUGUUGGGGAUCCAGUGAUGUGGGUGUGGCCCCCUCGCCGCCACCCCAAACAUGAGAGCUAGACAGAUUGCCCAGGAGUUUUCGGGUCAGGGGUUAGGACAUGCUCCAAGAGUGUCACAACUGGGUCACAUCAGAGUAAGGGCCAUAUGUACAGCUUUGCAGAGCAACUAUUCAAUCCCAUAAUCAGGGAAACUAACUAACCAGAAUACCAGCUCCUUAAUGUGUAACAUGUUCCAGUACUAGAUGACUGCUAACUAGCUCAGGGUGAUUGAUUGGUCAGCAAAGUUUUCCCUCUUUAAAGAGGUUAAGGGUAAACCAGAAUUCUUCUCCAAAGGUUUCUAAUCAUAUCAGGAGGAAGAGGGUGACUUUGAAGAAAACAGUCUCCAAGACAAAAGCUCAUUAACCCCGGAUCAUCUGAUUUCUGGGCUCCUCUGGAUUUGGGUUCUGAACAAUCCUCUCCAGUUAACAUGUUAUCUCAGAGGACCAGUAUUUGGAGACUGAUUAGAUUACAACAACUCUAUUUUACCUAUGCCCUUCCUAGUCACCUUGAAGAGAUUCAGACCACAUUCAAAGUACCACAUUCACAGAUCAUUUCUCUCUAGGGAGCUGAUCUCUUUGAUUCCUUGUUCUGGAGGACACUACUGAGAGGGGAAAAAGCAUUUAUUUUGGAAUCGAGAAGACCUGCCUUCCAAGCCCUACUUCCUGGUUGUAUGGCCUUGGAAAAGUGACCUGACUUCUCCCUGUUUGGUUUCCUAACCAUGAAGUGGGCAUGAUGACUUCUGCCUCACUGGGUAACAGUCAC